UGGGUUACGCGACCUCUUCACCAAGCUUCUUGGGAAUCGUCUCUUUCAAGCCCUGGUUGAUAAAUGGCUUUGCCAACCCACACGGUAACAUUUUUACUCGAAAUAUUGGUUAAAUCAAAGAAUCUAGUUGAUUGCAAGUGGUUUGCCUUUUAAUGGUAGAAGAGCGGCGAUUAUGCUGCCUUUUGCGAAGAGCAUAAUUCACGGUUCAAUUCGAGUUCGACUGGCAGGUUUUGUCUACGACAAUGGUGCUGGAGCACUGUGCAAACGAAACAUGUUCCAGCUGGUCUUUGGCGACACGUAAAAUGUCAUCUCAUCUUGAAAGCUUUCAAACUAUCGGAUCGUGGGGGAUGUUGUUGCUUGAAAUGUUAUUGUGCAUUCUUGUUGAUGUUGUCCCAGUAACAGUCCCAAGCACCCCACGUUUACCACGUUUUAACCACAUCUCGUGUUACACUCAUUUGGACUUGGAUGGAACAACCAGUGCCUGAUCUGAUAUCUUGCAGUAUCUAUCCUUCCUUGAGACUGCUCCAAACAACUCAGAAUCCAAUCCAUACAUUCUUAACAUGGCAUCAUCAAACGCAUUCUCUCCUACUCUGGCAGUGUCUCUGCCCAUCCUUGCCAAAAUGAUCGACCACUCUCUCCUGCAUCCCACCAUGACCGAUGCCGAGAUUUCAAUAGGACUCUCCAUCGCAGCCAAAUAUAAAGUCGCAACUGCAUGCGUCAAGCCAUACUCCAUAGAACAAGCUGUCUCCGCACUAAAGGAUACUGGUGUCGAAGUAUGCCCUGUGAUCGGAUUUCCUGCUGGAAACAACACGACGGAGGUGAAGGUCUUCGAAGCAAGCAAAGCCGUGGAGGCUGGUGGGAAAGAAAUCGAUAUGGUUAUUAACAUCGGUAAGGCUUUGGGAGGGGAUUGGGAUUAUGUCCAGAAAGAAAUACAAGCGGUCAACGACGCUGUGGUUUCCAAAGGUUCAAUUUUAAAAGUUAUUUUCGAGAAUGAUUAUCUUACCGAUUUGGAGAUUGUGAAGCUAUGCCAUAUAUGUAGUGACGUCGGGGUGGCAUUUGUGAAGACUAGUACGGGUUAUGGGUUUGUGAAGCAGAGCAAUGGGAUGUACAGUUAUCAAGGUGCCACAUUACCGCAUCUGGAUCUAAUGCGGAAAAGUGUGAAGGCGGGAGUGCAGAUUAAGGCUGCUGGAGGAGUGAGAACUUUGGAUGAUUUAUUAAGAGUGAGGGCGCUAGGUGUCACGAGAGUGGGUGCUACUGCCACUGAGGCAAUUCUUGAGGAGGCUGUGAGAAGAGGAAUCGGAGAAGAAUUAGUCGUAGUAUUUGUGCUUCCGCUUAAAUCUACUUGAAAUGAUUGUCGAGCUGAAAAAAUGCCGAUGCAAUGU